UGGUUGCAAGGAAAAGAAAAAGAAGGCAAGGGAAGAGGGAAAAUAAAUAAAAUAAGAAGAGAUUUUGCGACGAUAUGUGUGGUGGUAGGCUGCAAGAGAAAACCAAAAGUGAAGGCAAAGACCAAAGGCAAAGACAAAGGCAAAGGCUUCUGUUGUUAUGUUGUUACGCGAAAGUUUUAGGCGUUUCUGCGGAGGAGUUGGGAGCGGCAUUUUCACAGGUUUUUCCUUUUCCAUUAAACAUUGGAGCUUGUAUUUCACAGACGAAGUUGCAGAGAGGUGAUAAUUAUUUUCUUUGCGGCUGGUCACAUGAUGGCGACAGAGGGCGGAAGAGGAGUGGAUUAUGUGGAGUUUUUGGGGUGAGGUCGUAUGGGCUCCGGAUUUGGUUUCUAGGGCACGAUCUGUGGAAGGGAGGUUGUUUAUUUGUUUUGGCUAGGGUUUCAGGAUGAGGUUUGGUGAGAGGAGAAGAGGAGUAGCGGGGGGAGUAAAAUGCUCGGCUGCCGGUUUGAAUGGCGGAGACUUUUGCGUGCUUGGUUAAAAUGGGUAAAACGUUCCAGGCUUUGUUAAAACGGCGGAAGACUCGCCGGAUUUUGGAUAGGGCGUUGAAAUAGUAGGUGCUAUUACUGGAGAAUUAAAAGAAAACGGCUGUGAAAAUGGCGAAGAAGUGGAGAAACGGCUGUGAUUAUGUUCAGGGUUUGAGGAAACAAUGGCCGUAAAUGUAUUGGUAGUUUGAUGCUUUUAGGAUUAAGAGGAUUUGUUGUUUUCGUUUGUUUUGAAUUUUAGGGGUUCAGGCAGAUAGAUGUCUGGCUCGGACAGGGCAGAUGGUCAGACAGGAGCCCCGCGUGAAGCAUUCUCGAUGCCUAGAGAUUAUUCGUCAUUCGAAAGCGGUAAAGAAAAACGCAGGGAUAGGGAUGUUUUCGCGAGGAGGCUCUCCGGCACGAUAUCUUUAGACGGAGCGGCUGUCGGGGGUCCUCCCACCAAGCGGCGGGGCGGGGGCGGUGAAUUAUUGUACUCUGGAAGAUCGGGUGGAAUAUUGAGCAAUGGGUGGCACGAUGAUGUUGUUCAUAGAAGUAAAAGCUUUCCAGAGCCUGGAUCACAUACUGGGAAUUCAACAGGCAGAGUUGGUCCUCCGAGUCCAAGGCAUGAGUUCAGUGGUGCAGAUGGUUCACCUUCGCCCAAAGAUCUGGAUGGAUAUCGAUUUUCUAAACCGGGCUCUCCUUUGUUUAUGCAAUCAAGAAUCUCCUCGUUGGCACAGGUUUCUCAUCAUGGCUUUUCAGGAAAAGGUAUUUUAGGACGAGAACACUCAAGAUGUAGUGAAUGGGACUAUCCAUAUAAAGUUGAUAUGGACUAUAGGGACAAGAUCUGGGGGAGGUCUGACUUACACAAGAGAACAGGUAUAAGUUAUGACCCUGCAACCACUCCAAGCACUCACAAGGAUGGUGAACCAAGGCGAGAGCAAGAAGGUACUGGUGGGAGUGGAGAUUCAACUGGCGGCAGCAGUUAUCAUAUAAGAUCUUAUCAAGAAUGGAGGCAAGGUGAUAGAAUGGCAUCUUCACAUGGUUCUGCCAAUGGAUAUCUGAAAGAAUCAACUACUCGUGUACAAGGCCUUUCUGAUGUUUUGGGAUCUUGGCAUUCUCCUCUUUCGUCGCCUGUCAAUUAUAUUGUUGAUGGAGGUCGAGAUGAUGGAAGUCAGAUGUCACCUCGCAAGAGACCCAGGUUAGGGUGGGGCCAAGGCCUAGCUAAGUAUGAGAAGAAGAUAACUGGAGGUGCUGACGAUAGCCUUGGGACAAAGGGACGAGGGAUCAGCUGUCCAGAGGAGGUUUCUAGUUGUAUUGAGAGUCCUCAUCAAGGUACAGGGCAAGUGCAAACAGUUUCAUUGGCAAAGGCUGUAUCUGAUGGAAUUAGCAAUCCAUGUUCUGAAGCAGACAAGGAUAUUCAUGCGAUGCAGAUGGAGCAAAAAACUGAAGCUCCUGGUAUAGACAAUAUAAUUGAAAAAAAUAAGGAGUUCGGAAGCAUGCCUGCCUCUGAGAUAGGCAGGUUGGAAUCUUGUCAAAGUUUGGAUACCCCCAUUGAGUCUAAGGAAUUAGAAAGCACUGAGACUCCGUUACAGGUGGAGCCUCAGGGUAUGGUUCUAGAUCAGUGUUCCAGUCUUUCAACUUGGUCAAAGUCAAACAUACUACAAAGAUUGGAAAAGCUUGAGUUAGAUCUGGAUUUUACGGAAAAGGAGCUAGCAAAGUUUGAGGUUCACUCUGAAGAUCACCUAUCAUUUGAAAAUGACUGUAAAAUUUCUGACACCAGAGACUCAGAAGCUGUUCAAGUUCGACAUCUACCACAUACCAUAGAACAUAAGGAAGGCGAAGGAGAAGUUCUGCAUGCCUCCGAGGAGGGGGUGCAAGAAAAUGAAGAGAUGGAUGAACAGAGAGAAAGGCCGUUUUCAGGAAUUUGUGAAACUUCUUUGUGUGAAGUUGCAGCUGCAUCGGAUUCCAAGAUGCAUACAUCGUCUGAAGCUUGGCAUCCAUCUUGUUAUUCUUUGCAUACAGCUUUGGUUACCUCUAAAGAAGAUGAUGGGCCAGUGGAAGCUAAUCAAUGUAAUUUGCAAGGCAGCGGCCUUAAUGAGAGGUCACUAUCAGCAGCAUCAUUUUCUGAGCUAGACCGGACAACAGGAGUUAACCAUUCCAGUAUUAAUUCUGAGAGCUUUCUAAUGAAUGGUGAAGUCCAACUGGGAAGCAUCUAUGGAGCUCUAAGUAAAGAGGAUAACAAUAAAUGCUGGAGAGAUUUGUAUGAUCAAAAUAAGGAACAAGCGAAGUGUGCCUCCCAAGCGUUAGCUAGCCUUCUUCCUGAUUCUAAAUUUGAAGCUGGUAUGGUCUCUUUUGGCAAGUGCAAACAAGUGCAAUCUGAGGAGGAUAGUACAGAAGGCAAAUUGAAAAUCAAGCAGCAGCUGGAGGACAUGCUAUUACAGAAAAAAAUGUCUCAUACAUUCAUGGAGCUCGUCCUUGCCCUCAAGUAUCGUGCAUUAAGGGAGACAUGGAAACGUGAGCAGGCUGGUAUCUGUCAGUGGAAUGAUCGUACAGAGGGUUUAAAGAAGUUGGACAUUGAGCGCAAGAAUGGGACACAGGUGCUUUCCCAACGCACAUCUCAUCGAUUACGCCUCUCAGUUUCUGGUAUUGCAAAGGUUGAUGCUGUUUCAGAUGAAUUGCAGACAAUACAAAAACUGUUGGCAGAGCCUUUUGGUGGUUAUCAGAGACCACACCUAAAAAUGCCAUCUCAAAUUUUGGACGAAAAAGAAAGAAACAAACAAAGAUUCCUAAGUAAUAAUGCUCUAAUUGAAGACCCUGUUGCCUUUGAGCAGGAGCGGAAGACUAUAAAUCCAUGGACCCCAGAGGAAAAGAAGAUAUUUCUGGAGAAUUUUUUCUCGUCUAACAAGAAUUUUCAGAAAAUUGCAUCCUUAAUAGAACAUAAAACUGUUGCAGAUUGUAUUGAGUUUUACUACAGGAACCAGAAAUCUGAAGAGUUUGAGAUGAUGCGACGCAGGCAGCAGCUCAAGAAUCGUAGAGAUUAUUCACGACCAUUUUCAUAUCUAGCUAAUACAACUCCUCCAAACAGUCGGCGCAGGGAAGUGUCAACUAUCUGUGUUGACAAGUUGCCUAUUCCAUCAACCACGACAUUGUGCAAUGAGGAUGGCAGGGCUUUUUUUAGAGAUUUAAGUAAAAAUGUUCAGAGCAGUCACAUUGCCUCUAUUGAUUCAAACAGCUUGGAAAAUCCUCCAGUAAAUUCAGGUUCAGUCUCUGGGAGAAAUAUUACUACAGAAGAGUCUGAUAAAUUAAAAACAGUUGAAAACUCACAAUCUCCAAGAUCAAUCAUUGAGGAAUUUGAUUCUCAGUGGACGGACGAUGAGAGGCAGCUUUUUGUGAUUGCUCUGGGAAUGUUUGGUAAAGAUUUCAAGAACAUCUCUCAACAUGUUGCAACAAAAAGUGAGGGGCAGUGCAAAGCUUUCUUCAGUAAAACCCGCAAACGACUUGGACUUGAUCAAGUACUGGAGACCUUUGAAAUGAAUACACAUGAGAAUUUAGUACAAGCCGAAGGGCAUAGGGAAGGUCUUAAUUCUGGAGCUUCUGUGGAACAUUUAAAAUGUGUGGAAAUUGAACACGUUUUAACUGAUAAUGAUGAUGCAAAUGGUGAUUCUGUUUUUCAUUGUUUGCCAUUGUAUUCUGCUGCUGGUUUAGGAGCGGUUAGUCUUAAAUCUACAGAGGAACCAUCAACCAUGUUUAUUAGCAGCGGAAAUGGUGAAGAAAUACAGAAUAUGAAAGAUGAAAGGCCAGUGGCAGCUUCAGUCCCAGAAAUCACGGAUUGUUUGCGAGAAAAUAGAGAGGAAAUGGUUCCAUCUAAUGAUAUGGAGGGGCAAACUGAAGGUAUGGAACAAAAUGGUCCUGUAGCAUUACCGGAUACUUUAUCUACAGUUACACCAAAGGAAGAAAAAAUAGAUCCUCUUGGUAUAUUAACAGACCCAAGUUCUGAGCCAGGAACUGAGGUGGUACAUGUGAGCGAUGCUACCUUACAGCAGGAGGCUCACAGGGAUGAGAAGCUUUCUAACACUAUCUCUUCAAAAACUGUGGAAGAGAAUGAGGCUCAGGUGUCUGCGACUAGAGUGAACACAUUAGAAAAGCCAGUUGUUGAGGAGAUGGAUUUACAGGCUGAUUCUACCAAUCACACCUUACAAGACUGCCCCGAUGUUACUCAAACAUCACACAGUAGUUCUAGUCAGACGUAUCUUGAGCCUGUGGUUUCAAAUAUAUCAACAGUUACUUGUACCACUCAGCCUAGGUCCAAAGGAAACCCGAAUGGUGGGGAAUCAAAACCACGGAGAGAAGCUACAUCCUGGACACAAGAUGAGAAGGAAAAAUUUGUGGAAAUAUAUAAAAAGCAUGGUAGGGAUUGGAGUCUUCUACAAGAAAAUCUUCCUUCAAAAUCUUUGACUCAGAUUAAGACGUACUUUCAGAAUUCCAAAGCUAAGUUAGGGUUAACGGCAACAGAAGGAAUCCAAUCAAGGAGUGCACCAAACAGAAAACCUAAAAUGGAUGAUUCUGAUUCAAUGAACGGUUCGUAUCGUGUUGCACAUCACAAGGCGGCACAACUAUCCGAGGAAGUUGGUCUGAAAUCUGACCAGACUGUAAAUGGUGGUUCUGAUGGUUUGCCAUUUGCAUUCUAUGCAAAAGGGGGAUGGCAGGCAGAAGAUCACACACUUUUCAAUGUAUUGCAGCAAAUGUGCCCAAAUGGCUAUACUCAGCAGUCAGCAGUUAGCAAUGGGCAGUUUCCAGUUCUUCAAUCGUCAGUAAUAAUGGGCUCGGGCUUCCAUCAACCUCAGAACAACAGCAUGCAGCAGUCACUUUCACUUUCAGCUUCAAAUUCACAGCCUAUAAAUCCUCAACAAACUCAACAAAUUGCAGGUCUGCCCCAAUUGCAGUCAUCUUCUGCAUCAUGUGAUCUUCAGUCACAAAUAUUAAACCAAAUAAAGCAGCAGCAAAUAGCUUCCCAAGUUCAUCCUCACAGUCAGCAAGAUUAUCAGACUCAAAGUAUUCAAAAAUUGCAAUUGAUUAUGCAACAACAGGCAGUGCAGAGCUUUCAGCAGAACAUAUCGACAUCAGUUCUUCAACAGCAACAAUCACCCCAGCCUCAAGUGAUACAUCAUCAGCAGAAUCAACAGCAACAUUUAACUCAAAGCCCUCAUCUUAUUCAACAUGCUAUGAAUAAGAAUCUUCAUUAUUUGCAACAACAGUCAUCUAUUCAGUCACUUGGUCAACUGGCAGCUGUAGCUAGUCAACAGUUGUCCUCAAACCAUCUUAAGGUAAUUAAUCAACAGCAAUUACCAAAUCAGCAGCAGUUGAUGAACCAAUUUCAGUUACAUUAUGAUGAUCAACAAAACAAGUACCACUCACUACAAAGUAGUCAUGUUUCUCAGCAAGAGCAACAUUCCAUAUUAGGAUCUUUGCAGGAGCAGCUGGCACGUCAGCUCCUUUAUCACCAACAUCAGUUGCAAUCGGAAAAGCAACCAGAGCCUUUGCGCAUGAUUUUACCAAUCCGCACAAAUGAAAUUUCGGAGGUUUCUCAUCAUCACCAAGGACAAGCUCCUGAUAUCAUAUCAGGAAAGGAACAAAAGCAAUGGCAGGAUCUACAUAAUUGCCAAUCCAUAAUGCUACAUAAAGGAGCAAACCAAUCAACUAUUAAUGAUUCUACUAAUUUACAUGACUCCAUUGAGAUGAAAAAUGUGCUAAUGUCACAGUCGCAUGAGACUGGACAUUUGCUAGAGUCCCAAGUUAACUUGCAAGUUCGUGCUUCCCCUCAAUUAAAACCUGGGUCUACAUCUGAGAGUCAUCAGACAAGAGCUGGAGAUGUCAAACUUUUUGGUCAGUUUCUUCUCUCACAGCCGGCGUCAUCUCUGAACUCUACAGCUUCAGCUUCUGAAGGAGGCUAUUCAAAGCCAAUGUUUUCAUUAUCUUCCACACCAGUUAGUCAUGUGGAAGCUUGCAUUUCAGAGGGGUUGCCUUAUACCUACCCUGAUGGUACACCUUGUCUCCCAUCCGGCUUUGGACGGAUUGGGCUCUCCUUCUCUCAAAGUCAAUGUCACAAUCUUCCAGGUCAGAGUACAUCUGCUGUGAACCCUGGUUUAAGGAACAAUUUAUUGGAUGGUAGAGAACAUGCCUGCUUGGCACAAGCAACAGAGUCAGGAAAUGAUACACAGAGUAGCCAAACUUCGUUUACACAUGCGAUUCAACGUUUUCUGUGUGAAGGAAAAGAAUUUAAUAAUGCUCAUCUUGAAGGUGCCUCUCCCUUUCUAAAAUUUGAUGUGGGUGAGCAAUCAAAGAGAGUGCUAGAUGGCCAAAUUCCAGUUAUGGGUUUUGGACCCAAAAGACAAGGAGAUCAGGGCAACAGUCUAGUACCCUCUUCUGUAGACCUUACUGCUACAAAUUCUGAUUUGAGAUCUAAUGUACCAUGCAUAUCCAGUAUUGACAUUGCCAAUUUGAUGGUUAGAAGGAAGGAUGUAGAUUUGAGCGCAGCAAUGGGAGCUAUAUCUUCACAGACUCUAAGGGAUGUAGAAGUAAAAUAUUUGGCUUCCACUCGAAGGCAGGGUUCUCGUGAUCUUCGUUAUGCUGGUGGUCAUUCCAGUGAAGAAUUGCACAGAAGUAGAGAUUCGCCUGGGAAUAAUGUUUGCCAUGCAGUUAGUGCGAGCAAAAGCAUUGUCACAAAUACUCAUACUCAAAUGGCACCACUGGGACAAUCCUUUGCAGUUGGAGUUGAGACAUCAAAAAUUACAAGAGACAAUUCAUUUUUGGGUCAGCAAGGUAUUUUAUAUGGUUCUGGAAGUGGAGGUUUGGUACCGACAGUCUCUUCUGUUUGGCCUCAUGGCCCUGUGAUAGUUGAAGGCCAAUCAAGGGCAGAUGAUUCUAAAAGUGCAGAAGAAAACAAGAGGCAGCCUACAUAAAAUUGGGGCUUAAAGUCUCACUGGAACUUUUCUGUAUGAUAUCACUUCCAAGGAAAAGCUGGGACAUAGAAGGAUUCAAUCUUUGUUGAGCCUUUGCUGCUUUUGAUUUGUCUGAGCUUAAUUUUCCUGGUAGUGCAAGCCUGUGCAGCUCUUUCAACUGAUAAUGAUCUUUGGGCAUUCAAUAUUUGGUAAAGGUACAGGAUCAGCUUUGAAGGAUGUUGAGAUGCACGUGGAUUUGAAAAACUCAUUUUAACCUUUGAAAGCUCUGUUGUUCCAAAGAAGUAUUUGCUGUGGUAUAUAAAGAACUUCUAUCAGGCAAUCCUGCAUAAAAGGUACCUGUAAUGUGCAAUGCAACCCAUAGCAAGUUGUAAUUGGGUUUACAUUAUCCUUGUAAACAUGUUGAUAAUGUGUAAUAACACCUUUUUAAGUUAGAGUUGAUUCAAAAUUUAUUUGCAAGAAUUGCAUUCAGUGAUAUCUGAAGAGCAAUUUGGUGGGAAAAUCCUUGCUUCCAGAAUGUCAUUUUUAUUGGUUCUCACAUUUAAGUAAAUCCUAAUUUGUAAUGAGGCACAAAUGCCUUAUACAUCUUUAAUGCAGUUGCUUUUUCAAGCAUUUUAAUGAUCCAAUAUUGACAGAGGAGAAUCUUAAUGA